CAAUAGAAGAGAGGAAGAGGGCGGGCUUUGUACAAGUGACAACCAAUGCCGUGGUCCGCCUGUAAUACCUUCGCAUCCGGGUGAGAACAGCAUUUGAGGUCGCUUGUCUUUCGACGUGAAGUUCUGGGGGUGUUUGGCUUGGAAAGAAAAAAUGUACGGCUCCCUCCGGGUGAUGUUGCAGGUGCUGUGGGCCCAGCUUCUGUGUGGCUGGGCUCUGGGCUCCGAGCUCACCUUCGAGCUGCCUGACAACGCCAAGCAAUGUUUCUACGAGGACAUCGCCACUGGCACCAAAUGCACGUUGGAAUUCCAGGUGGUGACAGGCGGCCAUUACGAUGUGGACUGCCGCUUGGAGGACCCAGACGGCACAACACUCUACAAGGAGAUGAAGAAACAAUACGACAGCUUCACCUUCACGGCGGCCAAGGACGGCACCUACAAGUUCUGCUUCAGCAACGAGUUUUCCACUUUCACCCACAAGACCGUCUACUUUGACUUCCAGGUCGGCGACGACCCGCCGCUCUUCCCCAAUGAGAACAGGGUCACAGCACUCACCCAUCUGGAGUCGGCCUGCGUGUCCAUCCACGAGGCCCUCAAGUCCGUCAUCGACUAUCAGACGCACUUCCGCCUACGGGAGGGGCAGGGACGCAGCCGGGCCGAGGACCUGAACACGCGCGUCGCCUUCUGGUCUAUCGGCGAGGCCAUCGUCCUCCUCGUGGUCAGCAUCAGCCAGGUGCUCCUGCUGAGGAGCUUCUUCUCCGACAAGAAGACCACGACCACCCGCGUGGGAUCGUAAUGCUGGUUCUCGUCAAUGUGGCUUGUUUGCAUCGAGUGACUUAAGAACGGCAGGUAGAUAUUUGGAUCAUACGAAACGUUCAAACGUAAAGUAUAUUGUACUACACUGCUGUUCCAAGAGACUCUGUGCAAAUAAGUCUUCUAUAAAGAUUUGAAACACGUUUGUAAGGGGUAUAAAACAAAGAUUGUUCUUUUUAAUAUCUACUACAGUACUACUGAACGCAAGUGGUGUAAAGCAAUCCCCUUCAAUAUUUGUUUCUGGUCCUUCUUUAGUGGCGUCCUUUCGGUUUUUCUUUUUGCGUGUAAAAUUCCCAAUCGUGUUAUAUUGAUGUCAUUCCCUCUGUUUCUGAGUUGCCAGCCAUUUUCACCUGAAAUAAACAAUGGUAGGUUGUGGUAACAUUAGCAACACCAACAAUGCAGCUGUUUCAUAGGAAAAAAAACAACUAAAUAAGUUAUUUUUGUCUCCCAGAGACCACUGGUAUUUAAACAAGUAUGGCAAGGAGGUUUCCAUGUAGUGAUUUUUAAAUUCUAUUUAUUUUGAUAAAGUUGAACUGCAAUGCAUUUUUUUUUUACAUUUGCAAAGCUGCAACAGCAAAGUUUUUACCUAUAAAAAAAAAAAAGGCAACAUGUGAAGUCUGUUUAUAAGGCGUGUCGCAAUGUUUUACCAGACAUAUGUGCCUGUUCAAAUACAUUGUUACAGCAAAAGACCAACCUUUAACUUUCAGUCUAGGCAAGUCGAAUGCACUUGUACAACUUAAAGAGGGAAAAUACACUUCUUAGUGUUAGAAACAUGUAUUUUAAUGUACCGGUAAGUGUCAACAAAACUCUUGGUACUGCAGUUAAAACCCCCCCAAAUGAUCAUUUAAACAUCACUGAUGAGUGUUUAAAACCCGCCUCAGAAGUUAAGUUAUUGGGAUGACUGAAUUAAUAAACGUUCCUUUAAAGUUA